AUGCCGUACCCCGGGCACACCAGCGCGGCGCCAACCAUAGCCUCGCUGUACCGCGCUCGCAACCCCCUGGCGCAGUACCCCGAGUUCCAGGAGUUGCGCACGGCGAUCGGGGAGGUCCAGAAGGGCAGCAUCGAUGCGCUUCGCAUGGAGGAGGAGUCCCACGCGGCCGUCAGGGUCAUGGCCCGUCAGAUGCGCAUGAUGCACAAGGCGAUGGGGAUGCUCACGGACAUCGUGGUGGACGAGCUCACGGCCGCGCGCGAGCAGCAGGCCAAGGCGGACCGUCGCGCUGCCGCGCUCGCCGAGCGCGUCGCGCAGCUCGAGGAACAGCAGUCAGGGUACAACGCGUGGGCGGGGGCGCUGCGGGACGACCUGAGGGACCUGCGCGCGGCGCUCGAGAAGGAGCUCGCCGGGGAGGGGCAGGCGCUGCGGAGGGUGGCCGCGCGGCAGGCACGCGGCCUCGAGGGCCUGGAGGAGCGGCAGAGGGCGCUGGAGGAGGAGUUCCAGUCGCGGCUCACGGAGGUCGAGCGGGCGCGCGAGGCGACGCGGCGGGAGCUCGUGGCUGCUGCGGAGCGCGCGAUACAGGCGGCGCGCGCGUCCAAGGCGGACCUGCGCGCGGAGCUGGAGCGGAUGCAGGACAAGUGCCGGCAAGUGGAGCGGCAGGUCCUGGACGUGCGGGGGGUCCUGAAAGCGCGGCGCGGCCUGCUGGACUGA